UGGAUUUUAAUAUCACACGUAAUAUAACGGGCGGAGAUUUAAUAACGAAAUUAAAAAAUUAUCAUGCUACAAAACUGCGGUGCAGUGAUUCAGUGUGAUUUUAUAAAGAUUUACGACUUGAAGAUUAUCAUAUACGCGGGGGAAAAAUAGACAGUGAUAAAUGAUCAUAAAGCUGAACAAUGCAGAACUUGGAGGUGGAUGAUCCGACUUCGAGUGUUGUGACAUUGCGUCAUGUGAUCAAAGAAUAUACUACGCUGAUAGAAAAAUUGGGAGAAUCGACCUGAGAAGAACGCGUGAGAUUGACUCUCGCAAUUGGGACUAAAAUGUGCUUAUUCAUUGAUAAAUACGCCGCGAGUAUAUUCGUUUCUAAUAAAAAAUCAAGCAUGGCCGUGUUUCGGAUCGCGCUGAGCACGUCGCAUAAAUUUAAAAGGUGAUAAUCAACGAGGAAAAUAUCACGAUACGUAAACUUAGGCCUAAAUUGUACUGCGAGAAAAUUUUUAAAUGACGCGAUUAGCGCACGGAUGAACUUACCUAGUGCCGCCUGUGUUUCUGGACCAACAAAUUUAUCUAUUUCGUAAUCGAAAAACUAAUCAACCCACGCAAAAUUAUAUGCUUAAAAUUAAUUUUUCCGAUCAGUGAUAAAUAUCCGGCAUCAUUAAUCGCGAUAAUCAACGAAAAUAAGAGUGAAAAUAUAAAUAAUAAAAUAAAAAGAUGCAUUGGACGAACAUUUAAAAAAUCAGCGAACCAAUGCGGUACGCUGAACGAAAGAAUCAGAAUGUCCGCAGUAAAUCCAAUGACUAGUACGGCUUACCUUCAUUCAGGUGCAACGAACGACUCGACGGAAAGCGAUACUUUGAAAAAUUUCACGACCAAACAACUGUUCGAAUGCGAUAGUUUGGUAGGAGAUGGCGCCCUUUUAGAAUUCGUCACCAAUGGUAUUCUACUGAAUUUGGUCGGUCUGUUCGGAUUAUUCGGCAACAUCAUUUCGAUGAUCAUACUUUCCCGGCCUCAGAUGAAGUCCUCGAUCAACUACUUAUUGAUUGGCCUAGCGAGAUGCGACACCAUCCUCAUUCUAACUUCGGUUUUUCUCUUCGGACUCCCGGCCAUCUAUCCUCAAACGGGUCUUUUGUUCAAUUACAAGUUUUUCGUCUUCCCAAGGCUGGUGAAGUUCUUGUAUCCGUUGGCCACGAUCGCGCAGAUGGUCUCAGUUUACCUGACCCUGACUGUAACGAUGGAACGGUACGUGGCCGUUUGUCAUCCCCUGAGGGCACGUUCCAUGUGCACGUAUGGCAGGGCGCGGAUGGCUGUCCUCUGCAUCAUCAUCGUCUCUACAGUCUACAACAUACCGAAAUUCUGGGAAAUGACGAUCACUGAGGAGAUUCACUGGAAGUACAAACUGCCGAUAUAUUGCGCAAACGCAACGAAGAUGAGGCUUGACGAAUUGUAUCGUGCGAUCUACAUCAAUUGGAUGUACUUUGUCUUCUACUAUGCCAUUCCGUUUACAUUGCUCACAUGGUUCAACAUGGAAAUAUAUCGACAGGUGAGAAAGGCGAACAAAGAGCUGCAGAAUCUGUCGCAUCACCAGCGGAGAGAAAUUGGUUUGGCAACAAUGCUGUUGUGCGUUGUGAUAGUCUUCAUAGUGUGCAACAUAAUCCCUCUAGCGACGAACAUCUCCGAAACUUUUUACGACAGUAUCCCGAUGUGGCUUGUUCAGAUUGGAAAUCUAAUGGUGACGAUCAACAGCAGUGUAAAUUUCAUAAUCUACGUGAUAUUCGGUCGAAAAUUCAAGCGGAUCUUUCUCAGGUUGUUCUGCAACUCUCACAUAUUCGGCGCAGGUCGAGACAGUCCGGAAUUCCCUACCAACGACGAAUCCGUCGUGACCAACGUGACUAAUACCGAGUUACGGAACUCGAUACGUCGUUCUCAGGUGCACAGGUCCAGCACAAGGAACAGCAGGAACAAUAACGUGCAUCUGUCCAACGGCAAUUCUAACUCCCGACAAAGCCCAAAACCCAAAGUGUGGUCGGCCAGUCCCACACCCUGCGUAUAUUAUCCGGCCCAAAGCCCGGCGAGAAGUCCAAGUCAAAUGUCACGAACCCUAAGUGGCCAAAAUGGCUGGGAGAAGAACAAUGUGAUGGAGACGGUGAUCCAGUAGUCGGGGAUAAAAUCUGAUUUUUACGACACCACCGUCGAUUCCGAUGGCGCCAGGGACUCUGCACACGUUUCUUCUUAUCGGUGUCAGCUUGACCCUCUUGGCGAUGUCCGCGCUGCAAAUAACACCUGGUAAUAAAACGUGGGGAGAAAAAUA